AAGAAUACAAAAAGAAUACGAAGGCCAUCUCUCCAGCAUUUGCUUCAACCUUUUCUUUCACUUUUCUCUCAACGAAAUCAGUUGAAAUAUCGGCCGACAGAGAUGCCAAUGGCGGUGGGGGCAGCAUCGCCGACGGAACGGGCUCAAGCUAUGGGGCCAGCGGUGGUACCCGUCAUGCAAGCUGUGCCGGCGGUUUCUGAUGUUUUAGCCAAGGACACGAUCAUUUCUUGGUUUCGAGGGGAAUUCGCGGCCGCCAAUGCCAUCAUCGAUGCUCUUUGCGGUCAUUUGGUGCAGCUCCAAGGAGGUGGGGGCGGAGGAUCUGAGUAUGAAGCGGUGUUCGCGGCGAUCCACAGGAGGAGGCUGAAUUGGAUCCCGGUGUUGCAGAUGCAGAAGUAUCACUCCAUUGCCGAUGUGAUGGUGGAGCUGAAAAAGGUGGCUGCCAAGAAGACCGGAGGAGGAGAGGAAACUGUCAAGGAAGAAGUUAAAGGUAGUUGCGGCGGAGGGGACGGAGGUUGUUUGGAUGAUGAGAAAGAGAAAAUCGCCGAGAAAGAGGAGGAAAACGAAGCGAACGAUGAAGUUAGUGGCGAGGAAGAAGAAGAUUCCCCUGACAGUGACAUUACUGAUUCAGGAUCUCAGGAAGUUCAACAUGUUGACGGAAACAUCUAUAUUUGUUCUAACCAUGAAGAAUGUGAGGCACGACCUUCUCAAAUCAAGUUGACGAAAGGUUUUUCUGCCAAGGAACAUGUUAAGGGCCACAUGGUGAAUGUUGUGAAAGGAUUGAAGUUGUAUGAGGAUGUAUUCACUGAUUCGCAGCUGGCCAAGCUUAGUGAUUUCACAAGUGAACUUCGAUCUGCUGGCCAGAAUGGGGAAUUGUCAGGUGAGACUUUUAUUUUAUUCAACAAACAAAUUAAGGGAAACAAGCGAGAGCUGAUUCAGUUUGGUGUUCCGAUUUUUGGACACGUUAAAGACGAGCCUACAAGUAACAAUCAAACGAUUAAUAUAGAAUCGAUUCCACCUUUGCUCCAAAGUGUAAUAGAGCACUUGAUCCAAUGGCAACUUAUACCCGAAUAUAAGAAACCAAAUGGCUGCAUCAUUAACUUCUUCGAUGAGGGUGAAUAUUCACAACCUUUUCUUAAACCACCACAUUUGGAGCAACCUAUCACCACACUUCUCCUAUCUGAAUCAACAAUGGCUUUCGGGCGAACACUCAUGAGUGAUAGUGAAGGGAACUAUAGAGGGCCACUCCAACUUUCAUUGAAAGAAGGGUCUCUUUUAGUUAUGAGGGGAAAUAGUUCCGACAUGGCAAGACAUGUGAUGUGCCCAUCUCCAAACAAGAGGGUCAGCAUUACAUUCUUCCGAGUCCGGCCUGAUACCAACCAAGGUCAGUCACCACCAACUACCCCCCAGUCUGGUGCCAUGACUCUAUGGCAACCAGCUGUCCCCGGUCCAUAUGCAGUGUCAAAUGGAGCUCUUAAUGGCUAUGAGGCACUGGAUACGAUCCCAAAAUGGGGAGUCCUCCGUACUCCAGUUGUCAUGCUGGCACCUGUGCGUCCGGUGGUGAUGAGCCCCAGAAAACUUCCUCGUGGUGGCACUGGGGUCUUCUUGCCCUGGACAAUGGGAGGAUCAAAGAAACACAGCAAGCACCUUCCGCCGCGUGCCCAGAAAGGAAGAAUGCUUGCAUUACCUUCUCCUGUUGAAACUCAAGUAGCAGAGUCCACCUCUGAACCAGGCAUCAAUGUCGAAAGGAAUUUGGUAUAAUUUCAGCCCAAGACAUUGUUCGACGCGCUCCUUUUGCUUUGAAAGAGCAUUUACAUACUGUACAAAUGCGGCUCAAGUGCCGUAAUGUUUGUUUUACCUCCAGUUUCACUCUUUCUUUUUUCUUCCCUCGGCAACUUUAGGUUCUACCCAUUAUCACAACAGUUGUUGAAUAUCAUGGUAGGGCUUUAUAGGUAGUUGAGCUUUAAGCUUUAGUGUGAAAUAGCUCUACCAACGGGAUUUUGUAUCAAGUUAUUUAUAUUAAUCCUCUUUUAGCUGCA